CAUUCCAUCCGUAUUGGUUUAUAACCACAGUACAAACAAAGCAGGUUUUAUAACAAAACAACCAAUAACAACGAACUGUCUGACAGUCCGUUGGUUUAUAAUUUAAUUUGUAGCAUUUUAUAGUUUUUCACUCUAAAUUUAUUAUUGAAAUAUACAUAAAAUCAAAUGGAUGUAAAGCAACAGGUUACUGAGGAGAUGCGUGAAGUAGAAAUAUAUAAUAAUGAGGUGGAUGAUGGUUUCUUGGAUAGCUGUAAAACUGAAAUUCAUGAGGAACCCAAGAAGGAAGGCAUACAUGACACAUUUGUUUAUUCAGACUCACAGGAAUUUCCUACAAAGAUUGAAGUAGAUCCAGAUCCAGAUGGAAGCCAACUUAGACCAACUGAAGAAAUAAAUGAAAAAGGUUAUCUCCAAGAUGAAAACAGAACGGAAAUCAGGGAGAAACCGAUCCAAGAUUCAGCUUGCAAAGGAAAUGACACGAGGCGCCAGACUGAAGAAAAACCACUAAAUAAAAAUGUGAAAGUUGUGACCGGAAAACGAACUUAUAAAUGUGAGAUUUGUUUUAAGCAAUUUAGUAAAGCAAGUCAUUUGAAACGACAUUUGGGUGUUCACACUAGAGAAACACCUUAUAAGUGUGAGAUUUGUUCUAAGCGAUUUCGUUUAGCAGGUAAUUUGAAAGGACAUUUGAGAGUGCACACCGAAGAAAAACCAUACAAGUGCAAAAUUUGCUUUAAGCAGUUUUCUCGCAAAAAUGUUUUGAAACAUCAUUUAAGAAUACACACUGGAGAAAAACCAUACAAGUGUGAGAUUUGUUUUAAGCAAUUUAGUCAAGCAGGUGUUUUGAAAGGGCAUUUGAUGGUUCAUACUGGGGAAAAACCUGAAAAGUGUGAAAUUUGUUUUAAGCAAUUUUCUCGCAAAGAUAGUUUGAGAAAUCAUUUAGGAAUGCAUGCUGAAGAAAAACCUCAUAAGUGUGAAAUUUGUUUUAAGCAAUUUAGUCAAGCAGGUACAUUGAAAACACAUUUGAGAGUGCACACCGAAGAAAAACCAUACAAGUGCGAAAUUUGCUUUAAGCAGUUUUCUCGCAAAAAUGUUUUGAAACAGCAUUUAAGAAUACACACUGGAGAAAAACCAUACAAGUGUGAGAUUUGUUUUAAGCAAUUUAGUCAAGCAGGUGGUUUGAAAGGACAUUUGAUGGUGCAUACUGGGGAAAAACCUGAAAAAUGUGAAAUUUGUUUCAAGCAAUUUUCUCGCAAAGAUAGUUUAAAAAAUCAUUUAAGAACGCAUGCUGAAGAAAAACCUCAUAAGUGUGAAAUUUGUUUUAAGCAAUUUGGUCAAGCGAGUAAUUUGAAAACACAUUUGAGAGUGCACACUGGAGAAAAACCUGAAAAGUGUGAGAUUUGUUUUAAGCACUUUAGUCAAGCAAGUCAUUUGAAAAGACAUUUGAGAACACACACUGGAGAAAAACCUCAUAAGUGUGAAAUUUGUUUUAAGCAAUUUAGCGAAGCUUUUACUUUGAAAGUACAUUUGAGAGUACACACCGGCGAAAAUAAGUCUGAGGUUGAAAAAGCUCAUAAGUGUGAAAUUUGUUUUAAGCAAUUUAGUCAAACAGGUACAUUGAAAACACAUUUGAGAGUGCACACUGGAGAAAAACCGCAUAAGUGUGAAAUUUGUUUUAAGUUAUUUGGUCAAGCAGGUGAUUUGAAAGUACAUUUGCGAGUGCACACUGGGGAAAAACCUAACAAGUGUGAAAUUUGUUUUAAGCAAUUUAGUAAAGCAAGUGAUUUGAAAGUACAUUUGAGAGUGCACACUGGAGAAAAACCAUACAAGUGCGAGAUUUGUUGUAACAAAUUUCGUCAAGCACAUAAUUUGAAAGAACAUUUAAGAUUGCACAACGGGGAAAAACCCUAUAAGUGUAGUAUUUGUUUUAAACAGUUUUCUCACAAAAAUGUUUUAAAACAUCAUUUAAGAAUACACACUGGAGAAAAACCUUACAAGUGUGAAAUUUGUUUUAAGCAAUUUGGUCAUCCAGGUCAUUUCAAACAGCAUUUGAAAAUACACACUGGGGAAAAACCUAACAAGUGUGAAAUUUGUUUUAAGCAAUUUAGUCGAGGAAAUGAUUUGAAAGUACAUUUAAGAGUGCACACUGGUGAAAAACCUUACAAGUGUGAAAUUUGUUUUAGGCGAUUUAGUCAAGCAUGUACUUUGAAAAAACAUGUGAGAAUGCACACUGGAGAAAAACCUCAAGUGUGAAAUUUGUUUUAAGCAAUUUAGUCAAUCAGGUACUCUAAAAAAACAUUUGAGAGUGCAUAUUGGGGAAAACCCUUACAAGUGUUACCCCCAGUUCCACCAACGCGAUUUAAGUGAAAAUUUGUCUUAAUCUAUAGUAUAAAGUAGUAUACAGGGUGUUUCAUUGGGAAACGGAAAUACUUUCAUGAUGAAUAGAGGUCACGGAGCCGAUUCUAUAUAUACUCCAUUUUUUGCCCUACCGACUUUUAUAACCGAGUUACAGGGUGUUUUAUUGAUUUUGCCCAUUUCUUUCCUAAGUCAUAACUUUAGAACCAUCCUGUAUAUUUUUUUGAAAUUUGGUUCACAUAUGUCUCAUUCAAAACCCAAACGACCGACAUACUAACCGUAAGAAAAAUCCAGGU